AUGGCAGACGAAAGACGGAGGCCAAACAACAAAGAUGUCACCGAUGUCGACCGGUUUCACUUCGUCGACCGAUGCACUGGUGGAAUGGUGUGUGCUGCAAUCACCAUCACUAGCACCCACUUGGUGCGAUCCGCGGCCAGUCCACUCCACAUGGAUCUUUUGCCAAGCAGCACCCCUGCAACCGCCACUUCGAGCCGGUGA